CUCUCGCAGGCGUCUGUCAGCAACGGCAGCGACUCGGAGAGCGGGAAGGAGCUGGUGGAGCUAAAGGUCAUCUGGAACAAGAACAAGUACGACGUGAAGUUCUGCCUGGACAGCACGGGGGCCGACCUGAAGCAGAAGAUCCACUCGCUCACAGGCCUUCCACCAGCUAUGCAGAAAGUUAUGUUCAAGGGACUCCUACCGGAGGAGAAAACGUUACGAGAAAUCAAAGUAACGAACGGCGCAAAGAUAAUGGUGGUUGGCUCUACUAUCAAUGAUGUUUUAGCAGUAAAUACGCCCAAAGAAGCUGCUCAACAGGAGGUCAAGGCUGAAGAAAAUAAAAAGGAGCCCCUUUGCAGACAAAAGCAACACAGAAAAGUAUUGGAUAAAGGAAAACCUGAUGAUGUGAUGCCUUCUGUUAAAGGUGUUCAGGAGCGCCUGCCAACAGUGCCAUUAUCUGGCAUGUACAACAAGUCAGGGGGGAAAGUAAGAUUGACCUUUAAACUUGAGCAAGACCAGCUAUGGAUUGGCACAAAAGAGAGAACAGAAAAGUUACCCAUGGGGUCCAUUAAAAAUGUGGUGAGUGAACCUAUUGAAGGACAUGAGGAUUAUCACAUGAUGGCAUUUCAGCUGGGCCCAACAGAAGCGUCUUACUACUGGGUCUAUUGGGUACCAACUCAAUAUGUUGAUGCAAUCAAAGACACGGUGCUGGGGAAAUGGCAGUAUUUUUGAAAGCACGCUCACCUCUGGCACAGGAAAAUGGCACAAAGCUAAGGACACUGCUGGGAGAGGCCUCCAACAUCCCUGGAUUUGAUAGUCCUGGAACUUAUUAAUAAAAUAUGAAUAACGAGGCAUUGAUGGAAGCCAGAGGUGAUGUUCUUUCACCAUUAGUUUACUUUUAACUUAAAAAUUUCAGCAUCCCUUUUCUGCAGUCAGCUUCAACCAUAUUUAAAGCAAAUACAGUGGAAAUCAAUAAAUCUUAAUUCACAAAAUAUUGUGUGUAAUACACUUAAAUCUGCUGAGAGUUGAUCUUCCAUUUUAGUUUUAAAAAGGAAAUAUUACAGUCUAUUACAGAGGAUUUUUUACAUGGUUGGAACAAAAAUAUUUUCAUAAUCUUUCAGUUAUAAGCAUUAGACUUAAUUUAGUUACUUGGUUGUGACUGAGAAUUUCAGAAACAGUUUUUUUAAAAUAAACUUUAAAUAGUAUGCAAAAUUGAUGUUUAGUAAGCCAUAUUCUGCUGGCCCUUUUGUUUCCGGUUUGUCUCGUUGGUAGCAAAACUUUUUUGUUUUAACCCAAAGGUUUGGUUUUUGUUUUGUUUUUUUCCUCUUUUCUUUUAAUACUCGAAGCCCUGGGUUGGUACUGUGUGGCAUGUUUGGAGCAGAUGAAUACCACUAUGGAUGUUUUGCAAUCAUAAUGACCCAGUGCUGCUUACUGUCCCAUUUCAUGCCGUUUUAGUUAUUUUCUUCCCUCCUGCUCUUCUCCUGCCUGGGGUGCUACAUUUUUAGGAGCAGUUUCUUGAUUAUACAUAUUGCAGUCCUGAAUCAUUUUGCAGCUGUUGUGAUGACAGUUACCUGUCUGACUGAAAAGGACCUCUAGAGUGCACUAUGUAAUACAGACCAGUAUGAGUGUACUGAAGCAGUAACACAGAUGUUGCAAAGGAAGUGAACCAAAGAGACCUUCCUGUGAGUUUUUUUGUGGGGGGAUAGGGAGAGGGGAAUGGGAGAGAGCAGCUGGCUAAAAUGUCAUUUGAUUGGGGCCCUGAAUAAUUGUGGUAGUCUUUUGUGACCUGGAUUUGAAAAAUCUUAUUCAGUGAGUCUUACCAAGUUUAGGAUGUCUGUCCGACAACUGAUAUUUUAAAGUUUAAAUCACCCUUCAGCUUUUCUUUGCUCAAGUUUUCAGGAACUUCUUGCAUCUAGUUCUGUCUGAAAUAAUGUUCCUUGCCUUUCGUUUGUGAUGUUCUGCCUGUCAUCUCAGCAGUUAACGUGCCAUUUAUCUCAGGUUUUCUGAAUGGACCUUUCAGUCCUGAAAAGGUGCACACCCUUAACCGAUUGUGUUGUGCAGUCAAACCGAAUCAGUCUUACUGUGUGUUAAACCUACGUCUAAGAGAUCCUUUUUAAAAAAAAAAAAAAACCCACACUGUAGGCUUAAUAUUUGUUCAAUACAAGUAGUUUAACAUUUUGUGAAACUCAAGGAGAGACAUCCUUUCAGGAAUAGCUGAACAUAAUAUAUUCCCUGUCCAUUUUUCACUUGCCUUGAAAUAGCUCAGUUGAAACUCAGCAGGUGCAAAUUCCCGAAUGAGUAUUUAUUUUAUUUUUAUUUUAUUAUAGGCAAGGAAAAGUCUUCAUUUUAGGAUAUAAAGGUGUUCAGUUUUUUCUAAUAUUAUUGAAAGUGAAUUUGGGUUAAGGUUACAUAUUUACCUAUAUAUACUAUUGAUAGCAACAUAAGCAACUCUUGUUUUGUAUUUUCAGUUAGAACAUUCAUGCAAUAGGAAAGUUGUUCCACAUCCUACAUCUUUAAACUAGUGAUGUGCUUGUUACUCUUGUAGCUUGAGAUAUUUUCUUUCUGUAUACAAACCAAGAGCAGUGUGUCUUGACAUAAAUGCAUUGUGACACGAAUUUUUCCUGAAGUAGCGCUGUGUUAGUUCCCUAGAACAGCCUCCUCCUGAAAGCUCUGAGCAAGGGUAUGGAUGCAGAUAAUGGAGUUGCUAUGAGUUAAUUUGAGAUAUAAUUACAACUUAAAUGCAGCUAUCACACUUUUUAUUUUCUAAUUGCCAGUUCAAGUAUUAAGGUUGAAAUUUAAAUUUUGGUGUCUAGUGGAAAGUGUAUGCACUACAAUACUGCGUCAUAUGCUUUAUAUGAUGUAUAAAGAAAAACAGCAGAGUGCAAAGGUGAAUCCAAAUGACAGAAAAAGCUAAUGUUGCUAGUCUUGUUGGUUUAGUGAUCAUCAACUUCCACUUGCUACCAGAUUUGCUUAGGCCUGUCUAUAUGUCCGUUCAUACUCCAUUUUCCUUUCCUGUUCUUUAAUUCGCUUGCCCCUUGAGAGGACAUGUAUCUUAAUUCCAGCUCUUCCCCAGUGUUCCUGUGGCUUCUGUGUUGGAUGCAGUAAAUACGGGUGAGUACACUCUGCUGCCAUUGCUGAGGUGGGGCAUAUACCUGAUCUAAUCACUGUCAAGGCAAUGAGGACACCUUGGGCAUGGAGGACAAUGUAGUGUUUAACAUUCCUGUCGGCUUCUUUCCCAAGGGCAUGAUUUUUCUGUCUCCUGUGCCAAGUACAAUAAAUGAAUUGCUAUCAAAAGAAACAGAAUAUAAAAAUUUUAGGUUACAGAGCAGUUUUAAACGUGGAGAAGAAAAUACGGGAAAUUAAGAAAAUCAAACCUGGUCCUGUUUAGAUACUUCUUUUUUAGUUGAAUUUGAUUUGAAAAAUGAAACAGUUUCACUUCUUUCUCCCACGUGCAAAAUUUGAAUUAAAAUACAGGAAAGUGAUACCAAAAUGCUUUAGUUGGUGUUUGUUGGCUAAAUAUAGUAAGUUUCUGGAAGUUCUUUUAAAUUAGUAUUCCAAUUGAUUUUUACUAGUACCUCUUUAAAGAUUCCUCUUUUGGAAUGAUGUGGAGCUUUGCAUCUUCUGGUAUAUACCAAUUUUUAAAAGGCACUUAAUGACAUCGAUGAUCGUGAACAUCUAAGAAAACACCAUCUCUUUAGUUGUAUAGUGUCACAGCUUGUUUAAUUGGGGAGCUGUUUUUUAGCCUCUCAUCUUUCCUUUGUGUUUUACUCUUAUAACUAGAGUGGUUUCCAGGGCAGUUUGAGGAUGCCAAAUGGUCCUGUGGAGAAAUUUGGCAGUUAGUCCUCAGUGAAAUACAAGUGUAAUGAAUAACAUGCAAAUGCAAUCAGUAUUUGAAGUUGACUGAUUAAGGUUGUUUUCAGAUCGUUCAUAUAAUCUUCCAUAGGAAGUAUAUGGUAAUAUCUGUGGUGAUUCUUAUGCAAAAGUUGAAGUAUUUCAGUUAAAUUACAAUUUAAUGCCUUUCUAGGGAGAUCAGUUCCCUGUUGUAUAUAUGUGUAAUUCUUUACAAACAUUAAUUUUGGGAUGCUGUUCCUUAUGAAGUUGUAUUAAGUGCUUUGCUAGGUUUACUAAUGGGUGAUAAAAGUAUCUGGAAUGCAAAUGUGGGUUUUCAACAGAAGACAGUAUUUCCUCAUGCAAAUGUCAUAGUCGCUUCUAAUGCACAGGCAGUGUGUCCUUUAUAGUUCUUCUUGGUGCCAUUGUCUCAUUAAAGUGGAGUAGCAAUAAACACUGUCUGUGAGGAGUUCUGUUGCAGUUACUGAGCUCUUCCUAGGCCUUUGGUGGUGUUGAGUGUUUCAACUCGCCUGCGUACCAUUCCUUUCACUUUUCUGUGCCCAGUGCUAUGGGUUUCUUGUUUCUAUCCUUGUUCGGAGUUUAGUAUUCCUUCCAUAUCUGUUUGUGCAUCCCAAGCACAAACAGUUUCUGGAUUAGUAUUUCAUUAGGAAUGCAAAUGUAUAGUGUUAAACCUUGUUUGGGUUUGAACAUAGACCAUAUCUUGUAUGAAGAUCUUGUAUUACUUGCAAGUUUUUCAUGUCAAGUUUAAGAUUAAAGUAAAUCAUUACUUUCUCUUAGUGACAUUGUCUUACAAGAAUUGUAUAAUUAAAAUAAGGAUGUUACUGUGUUGAAAGACAAGAGGUGGUCUGAAGAAAAAGAAUCGCAUAAGAAAGCGUUAACACACAAUAGUUAUAACUCGUAACACACGCACUCAACCUGCUCAGUUUUAUAGUUCACAGAGUUUGUAUCCAUUGCUUCGUACUUUAAGGGCCAAAGAGAAAAAAUUCGUUUGCAAUGACACAGAAUCGAAAGUGCCAUAUUCUGGGGGUGGUCUGUUGCACGUUCUCCCUCCCCUCAUCCCGGUGGCCCUGUACAGUCUGGGGGUGCGACCGUUAGGGCACAGGCAGGCUCUUCGCAGGGCACACGCUCAGUACUCUGCUCUCGUUGCUUGUUGUGCCAACUGGGUGGAGCAAACUUUUCAAACUUUUCUUCUGUUGCUGACUUUUUGCUUUCUUUAUUCAUAACUUUAUUUUCCAAUCGGGUUGUUUUCAUUUUGAGUUUAGUACUCUAGCCUUUCAGAAUUAGAUUAUUUGUAUCUUGUUUUGUUAACUAACAUCCUAGUCACUGGGGGGAAGGAGGGGACCAGGAGAGCUGCAGCAAGUCUUGUAUGAAACAUACGGCUGUUUUACCUUCUAGCCAAGGAUUUGCUUCCUGUGGUUUGUGGACGUUCGCUAUGUCUUACCCAUAUUCUAAGCAAUUCAUUCUUUGGCUUUCUAUUCAAAAACAAAACAAAGUCUUAGAUCAUGUUUGUGUCCUCUACAGAUUUAUUUUAAAUGGAAUAUGUAAGUACCAUGUUUUAUGGUAUUUUUAAAUUAUCUAUUGCCUCUUUCAGGGGAGGGGGAGAUGACCUAUUUAGUCUUAGAUUUGCACUGCUGGAUUUUUUUAAGUGUAACCUUGACUGGUUAUCCUAUUGUUCUAUUCUGUAAGAUUAGUCUUAUGAAUUAAAGUUUGAUAAUUAAGCA